GACUUGGCGUUAGGUCGUAUUGUAGCUCUAAAGGAAGGAUGUAUGAGCUGAGCUUGAGGGUGGAUUGGACCUGCCCGACAACAUUAAAUAACACCCUCUCCCCACCUCCAAAGUGAAACACUUACCACUUCCAUUGUCACUGACAUUCCAUCUCCAAACAAAACAACUUCGAUUAUCGAGUACUUCAUCACUUCUUUGAUCAACCCUAAACAGCUUCCAAGCAAACCUUUUCCCGAAUCAACACAGCGCAACACACACUUCACACUUCACAAUGUCGUCCACUGAGGGCAUGAUCAACGGCGGAGGAAGCUCUUCCGCAAACCCAACCAAGGCUCCUGUGAUGGAGGGCAACGGAGGCUUCGUGGCACAGCACAAGAUGGCAGUUGAGCCUCCCAAGAAAGAAGAUCUCCAGCGCAGUUAUGCGACUGUUGUCGAGAACGAUGCCAACCCCAAGGGUUGGUAUGGCUCGAUGAUGAAUGCUCUUGGAACCAUAAUCGGAACCAUGGGUGCCGUACCCUGCUGCAUCAUUUGCCCCAACCCCUUCAAGGAGGUCAACCAGGGCAACGUCGGUCUCGUCACGAAGUUCGGAAAGUUCUACAAGGCCGUCGAUCCUGGCCUGGUUAAUAUCAACCCUCUCAGCGAGCGACUUAUUCAGAUCGAUGUCAAGAUUCAGACCACAGAGGUGCCCGAGCAGAUUUGCAUGACCAAGGACAACGUUACUCUACGCUUGACCUCAGUUAUCUACUACCACAUUGUCUCUCCUCACAAGGCUGCUUUCGGUAUUAAUAACGUGAAGCAAGCUCUCAUGGAGCGCACUCAGACCACUCUCCGCCACGUCGUCGGUGCUCGAGUUCUUCAGGAUGUCAUCGAGCGCCGUGAGGAGAUUGCUCAGUCCAUUGGAGAAAUCAUUGAAGACGUUGCAGCUGGAUGGGGUGUUCAGGUCGAGAGCAUGCUCAUCAAGGACAUUGUCUUCAGCCAGGAGCUGCAGGAGUCACUGUCCAUGGCUGCUCAGAGCAAGCGUAUCGGUGAAAGCAAGAUCAUUGCCGCUAAGGCUGAGGUCGAAUCCGCCAAGCUUAUGCGACAAGCUGCCGAUAUCUUGAGCUCGGCUCCUGCCAUGCAGAUCCGAUACCUCGAGGCUAUGCAAGCCAUGGCCAAGUCUGCUAACAGCAAGGUCAUCUUCUUGCCUGCUGCUAAUCAGACCAUGGGCAACGCCCUCAACGCCGCCAUGGCCAACCAGACUGGCGAAUCCAGCGCUCGUGCCCUGGACAACGAAAAUGACUUUGGAGGUCAGGACCCAGGUUUCCAACAGGCCAUGAACGCCCGCGUCGUGGAGAACAUCUAAACAAGACGUUCUUCCCUCGUGCGUAUUACAUUGAGGCAAUGGGCUAACGAUUGAGGGUUCCCGUUUCGGGUUCUAGCCUGGUCUACUUGAUUUCGGAAGCAUUGCCCUCGCCUGCUCUCUUCUCGUCUUCACCAGAGCUACACCCCAGCUUUGCUCCUCUAACUCAACUGAAUGACCUGUCACGUUUUAUGCUUUCAAUGCUGCACUCUGAUACCCAUCUCAACGACAACCGCCAUCGCUCGUUGUGCUUUUCCAAUUUUAGUGUAUGUAUUCUACUUUCUUCUUGUAUCGAGGGAGCGGUGGUGGAUAGGAGUGGUAUCUUGUGCUUUUACUUUUGGUGAUGGAUACCCUUGGUUUGCUCAGAUGAGCAUUUAAUGAGGAUGGUUUCUGGAUGUUCUCUUAACGUCAUGGAAAAUACCCAAUCGCUAUGAAUAUACCCUUUUCCUUCUGAUAUUGCUGUGUUUGUGGAGUGCUUCGUAUGUCUGAAACCGAAAGAACUCUCUCUUAUGGCCUGUGACAAUCUUGAAUUGCCAAAUCGUGAUAUUUUCUCCCGGGUGACAAAAAGGACUCGGGUACCUUUGGAAGGGCUUUAGACCGAUUAUUUCUGGCACCCUGGUUGAAGGACGUAGGUCUGCUGCUCCUCGAGGCUCCAGAAUGAUUGUCCAGAACCAAGACAACCAUAUACAUAGGUAUUGAUGGAAAAGUGACAAGUCACAUUGCAUGACACUCCCAGAUCAUCACAACUAACUACCUAGGUAGUAGUUCAUUUAGCAAUCACAAUCUUCAGGGCAGGCCAAAUUUGAGGAUUAACUUUUAAACUUGACAAUUUUCUCUUCUAUAUCCCUCUGUUCACCCUCCCGUAAUGAUACAUCAAAAGCAUAGUAGAUUCCUCUCCAGAAGUCACCGCGCAUCCACCCAGGGGACGGGGGAGGGGACAGAGGGUCGAGUUGAAAAUACGAAAAAGGGAUAAAACCAAAUCACGCCAAUAUGCCCUCCACCCAAACGCCAGCCAGCCAGGAAACAAGGUGCGGGCAGAAGAUGCCAUGCCAGGAGUCUCUCAGGUAUCAUAUAUCUACACAUCGGGAACCGUCCAAUAGUCUGUUGUUGGGUUGACUUGAAAUAUGAUCUUUCGUUUUGGAGCGGGUUCUUCGCCAAUGUUUAGACGAGUACGAGUAAAGCAGGUAGGAUGAGAUUGGUUAACCUCAGUGUCCUACAAUUGUGUCUGAUUCAGCAUCGUCACGACUUGCGCCGUAGACGUUUACUUGAGGGCCUCUAAGCCUCAGAGUGUCGCUUCUUCUUCUUCUGCUUCUUCUCCUUCUUGGGCUCCUCGUCUUCUGAGUCAUCGUGCUGCGCUCUCUGCCGUCAGUCUGCUCGGCGGCGGGUUGCGACUAGAAGAGUGCCUUCUCCUCCCCUUUCGCAGCUUCUUGAGUUCCUUCUUGCUGAUGACCUUGGGUGUGCCAUCGGCGUUCAGCUCAACGUCACCUCGCUCGUACUUGCGCUUGAACUUCUUGACUGAGAUACCGGCCUCCUCCGCAAGGCGCUCGUAAU